GUCAUUCGUCAUUCAGCGACAAGGUUCGAGUCCCGGCCGGGGCGUUCGGGCACGCUCCUCCUAUAGUCCCGCGAGACAGCGAGAGAGGGGCUGCACCGUGGGUUACGACCCCCUGCGCGGCGCCCCGUCCCGUCCCAGCUGUCAGCUGCGACCGCGCACCGUUUUCGACGUGCCCGGGAACCAUGGCGUCCAGCGAGGACGACGGAGCGGUGGACGAGAAGGAAACAAACAACAGGAGGAGAAACCGAGGAGCCAUCGCCACCGCAUGGCUCACCUUCUACAACAUCGCCAUGACGGCCGGGUGGCUGGUUCUAGCCAUCACCAUGAUGAGGUUCUACCUCCAGAAAGGAACCCACAGGGGGCUCUACAGGAGCAUAGCUAAGACACUCAAGUUCUUCCAGACCGCUGCUUUAGUUGAGGUGGGACACUGCGCCAUUGGUAUUGUGAGGACGUCUGUGAUUGUGACAGGGGUUCAAGUGUGCUCAAGGAUCUUCAUGGUUUGGUUCAUCGCAAGCAGCAUAAGACAGGUCCAGAGUGAGGAGAGUGUGAUACUGUUCUUGGUGGUCUGGACGGUGACGGAGAUCAGUAGAUACUCCUACUACACCUUCAACCUGCUGCACCAAGUCCCUUACUUCAUCAAAUGGGCCAGGUAUAACCUCUUCAUCGUCCUGUACCCACUGGGGGUCGUGGGAGAACUGUUAACCAUCUACGCCGCGCUUCCUAUUGUACGACGCACGGCUAUGUACUCCCUCCGCCUCCCCAAUAAGUACAACGUCUCCUUCGACUACUACUACUUCCUCAUCAUCGCCAUGCUGUCCUACAUCCCACUGUUCCCUCAGCUGUUCUUCCAUAUGCUGCGCCAGCGAAGGAAGGUCCUGCACGGGGAGGUCAUUGUUGAGAAGGACGACUAGCUGCUCACUCCCUGCUCCCCCUGCCAAUGGCCUGCAGAGCCUACUCACCUCCAAUACCAUCUCCACCUCCACCCUGACCACAACCGUCUCAACCCUCCCAACCACCUCUACCAGCAUCCCUGUCUCAAUAACCACCUCUUUCACCAUUCUUAACUCCUGAUCCCCCACAACCUCCACCAGCUCCCCCACCAGAACAAUCCUCACAUACAAUAUCUCCAUCCCCAUCACCACCACCAUUAUCUUCAUCAUCUCAACCCCGCCUUCCUGCCCAUUUCGUCCCAACAGUUCCAAGUUGAUAAACCGAGGACAUUCAGCACCACCAAGACAACAACACCACUUCUUUAACAACUACCAUAUCAUGGAAAUUUAGCAAAGAGGUACAGACCAUUGGUCCCUGAAGCUCACCCCUAGACAGCACUCUGAUACCCCCAAAUCGGAUUACCUUCAUCCCGUGGAAACAGGUACCGUAUGGUGUUAUUUUCCGGUUGGACACAGGAUUAGAGGCUCAGAACGAGACCUCUCAAUGCAGAUCUACAAAUCCUGGUGAUCUCAAGAGCUCACCUAUCACUGGACACCUGUUACGUCCCAGGAAAAAAGUCAUGACCCUCGCACCACACCUUCAGUCAGCUCUUCUCAAACCACAUCUUAGGCCGCAUUCACCCUGUACACGUCCGUUAAUAGAUCUCAUUGACUUUGCAUGGGGUGCACUCGAAAUGCAUUGUGGGUCAAUCCGUUCCGUCAGCUCCGUUGCCUGCGUCAAAAAGUUGAGAAAUGUUUAACUUUUCAGGCAGCAACAGACCCGUCGGCCAAUCAGAUCGCGUUACCCAUUCGUCAGACACGCCCUCCGUCAUCGGUCGGCGGACGUGUACAGUCUGAACGCAGCAUAAGGUCACCACACAGCCUCAAUGAAAACCCUUCUCAGCUUCAAUCACAUCACAGAUGUGGUGUCACUCCUGACAUAUCUUCAGUCAACCCCCCUCACAUCACCGCUUCAGUCACCACCCCUCACAUCACAGCUUCAGUCACCACCCCUCACAUCACAGUUUCAGUCACCACCCCUCACAUCACAGCUUCAGUCACCACCCCUCACAUCACAGCUUCAGUCACCACCCCUCACAUCACAGCUUCAGUCACCACCCCUCACAUCACCGCUUCAGUCACCACCCCUCACAUCACCGCUUCAGUCACCACCCCUCACAUCACAGCUUCAGUCAACACCCCUAACAACAAAUCUCUGGCUGCUGAUGAGUGGAGAAGCAGAAGGAAGUGGUGAAUGAAAUAAAUGGAGAAGAGCCGGUAGACUAGACACUAACCUUACCCUGUCAUUACCAUUUGGCAAACAUGUUUUUUUUAAGUGUUGUCAAUGUAGUUAUUUUAUACAUAUUACGGCAACAAGUACUAGACAUAAACCAUUGAAAAUAUGAGACGACGGUGGGUCUAUUUUAAUAAAGAAACUGAAACUUUACACCGACGUAUGGAAGAGGCUGCUUUUUUGUGGCUGUUCAGUCACUUUACUAGGGAGCGAUCUGAAAUUACAAAUGCAGUUAAUAAUGCACUGGUUUUAUUUCGUAAAAAUACCGUUAUUUAUUUUUCACAUAUCACUUAGUCUGUAGAGGAGCAGCAAGUUAAGAGGAUUUGUUGAAAAAAUGCCGUCCAAAGAAUGGCAAUGUACGAGCUGCUACCAACUCUUACCUUCUCUUUGUGUUAAUGUUUACCUCAUCAAAAUGAGCACAUCUUAAUCCAAUGAGUUGAGAGACCUGCAGUCCGAAAGCACGUGAUGCAGAAUGUGAGACAGUCGUAGCGGUUAGAUAAUUCGUGCUCACAGUCUUCAUUGGACGUCGUGUUGCUGGUCUGCAGUAGCUAGUUCCCAACACUAGAGGUGCUAUAGAGACAUCACUGUCUUCUUCUGUGCAGCUGAAAGAGCGUGACUUUAAUCUGAGUCUAACGUAAAGAUGGAAAACAGCAUGUGAGUGAGAGAGUUGAUUGGCCUUAGAAAUGUUGACCCAAAAGUUGGCGGGAAGAAGCAGCCUUGAAGGCGUGGUAUGAUAAUAAUGUGAGCAACAAUACAGGAGAAAAAGAAUAUGUGAAUAACAUUGCAACUUUUCAACAAUAAAAAUGUGAAUCCAUUCGUAUGCGCCCAUGAAUAAAUCAAAUCCAACAAUACCUUUGAGUGCAUUGUGAUAGACCUGGCGAUGACCAGCUUGACUGAAGAGAAAGUGUUACGCUUCGCCUGAUGGCAUUUCAAUAUUAAAACACUCACUGGAAAAAAAGAUGUUGACGCAA